AAAGUUUUGACCGGAAACGGAAGUUUCUGAUUAGCCGUUUGGAGUCUGUUAGCAGAAAAGGACUUUCUUUCUUUAUUUUUAUUUUUUUUUACUGGGGAGCGAACAUGGCUGGAACGGCCUCGGUCGCUGGCGAAGUGUUUGUUGAUGCGUUGCCGUAUUUUGAUCAAGGUUAUGACGCACCAGGUGUCAGAGAAGCGGCCGCUGCGUUGGUGGAAGAAGAGACCAGAAGGUAUCGCCCAACUAAGAACUACCUGAGCUACCUGCCCAUGCCGGAGUUCUCGCCGUUUGAGACAGAAAUCAUGAGGAAUGAGUUUGAGCGAUUAGCCGCUCGACAACCAAUGGACCUCCUCAGCAUGAAGAGGUAUGAGCUUCCAGCCCCCACAUCGGGACAGAAGAACGACAUUACCGCCUGGCAGGAGUGUGUCAAUAACUCCAUGGCCCAGCUGGAGCACCAGGCCAUCCGGAUCGAGAACCUGGAGCUCAUGUCGCAUUAUGGAACAAACGCGUGGAAGGUCUACAACGACAAUCUGGCCUUCCUGAUUGAGCUGGCUCAAAAGGAACUCCACAAGUUCAGGAAGAAGAUCCAGGACCUGAACUGGCAGCGCAAAAACGAUCAGUUGGCUGCAGGCGCCAAGCUGCGAGAGCUGGAGUCCAACUGGGUGUCGCUGGUCAGUAAAAACUAUGAGAUCGAGCGCGCCAUCGUCCAGCUGGAGAACGAGGUGGCUCAGCUGAGGCAGCAGCAAGGGGAGGAGAACAAGGAGAACAUCCGACAGGACUUUUAGGAGUCACCUCACCGGGAUCCGUUGGAUGGAUCUGAUUCGGUUGGUUUGGACGACUCGAUGACUGCUGGAGCGUAGCGGGUCACUCGACUCCAAGACGGAUGAUGUUUGAAAGGCGUCGGUUUCCUCUGAUGGAACCGUUGGGUCUUUUGUGUUCAGUUACACACAAAUCAUGGUUUGAAACUCAUGAUCGAUCGACAUGAUCGAUGUCUUUGUAGCUUGUUGUACAGUUUCUAAGUUGUGGUGGAGAAAAAAAAUCCUGUUUUUGAUUCAACUUUUGUUUUUUAUCGUUUUAAUAAAAUGAACGUUUCAUACA